AUGGGGAUAACAAGGGGGAAUAAAGUCAGGGAGUUGAUGACUAAUAAAUUUAUGAACUGGGAUUUUUAUUCCAGUCCUGUUACUGAAGGUAGAAUAUUGAUCAUAUGGAGGAAGAUAUUUGUCAAGGUUAUUGUUCUAGAGGAGACAAAUCAUUAUGUUCACCAUUAUAUUAAAAUGGCUGGUCAAAAACAUCCUUUUAGUGCUACAUUUGUGUAUGGGCUCAAUACUAUGGAGGAACGGAAGAUCUUAUGGCAAAGAUUACCAAAGCUUUCUCUUCUAGCCUCUUCUUGGGUUAUAUUAGGAGAUUUUAAUGCAAUUUUCACAGCAAAGGAUAGAAAUGGAGGUAAGCCUGUGUCUAAAGUGGAACUUUGGGAAACAGUUUCAGAUCACUGCUCUUGUACAGUUUCUAUUCUGGCUGUGGAGAAUUUGGGUGUUAAGUUGUUUCGUUUUUAUAAUUUCUGGACUGAACAUAAAGAUUUUAAAGAGGUGGCAUUAGAUAGUUGGAGGAAGUCGAUUAAGGGGACUGGUUUGAAGACUAUCUAUUUGAAGACAAUGCGGCUGAAACAUAAGUUGAAGAGAUUUAAUAGGGAUCAUAUUGGAGACAUAGGAGUGCAAUUUCAGAAGGCUAAAGAUCAAUAUCAAGCUGCGCUUUUCCAUGCUCAGCAACAUCCCCAAGACUUUACUCUUCAAGAUAAAGCUAAGGCUGCUGCUGAUGCAUUCAUAAUUCAGGAGCAUAUGUAUCACAGCUUCUUGGCUCAAAGAAGCAAGCUUACUUGGUUAAGGAAGGGUGACAUGAAUAUUGCCUAUUUUCAUGCUUGUUUGAAAAAUCGCAAGGAGGAGAAUAGAAUAGCUACUUACAUAACUGAACAAGGUAGGGUGGUGGAUAAUUUUUCUGAUGUGGUUUCUCAUUUUCUGAAUCACUUCAGAAGUUUUAUGGGUAGCCCUAGCUCAGCUACUAAGAAGAUAAAUAGACAGUGUGUAGAGAUGGGAUCCAAGCUCUCAAUAGACCAGCAACUUCAAUUGUUGAAGCCUUUCUCUCAUAAGGAAAUACGAGAUGCUAUAUUUAGUAUUCCCAAUAUCAAAUCCCCGAGUCCAGAUGGGUUUGGUUCUGCAUUUUUCAAGGUGUUGUGGCAGGAAAUUGGCAGUGAAGUUUGUAGAGCAGUAGGACAAUUUUUUGAGACAGGCAGUAUUCCUGAGGAGCUUCUUAAUACUACUCUGUCCUUGGUUCCUAAAAUUGACAAUCCCUCUCGGGCUGUGGACUAUAGGCCUAUUGCUUGUUGUUCUACCAUUUAUAUAUGUAUUUCAUAG